GAAGCGCGGCGCUGGCGUGGGCUGGUCUCUCCGCCGCUUCACUCUCCUGCGUGGCAGCGGCCCCCUGCUCCGGCACCGAGUCCGCCGCCCCCAUGGCCGCGGCGCUGCUGCUGCUGCUGUGCGCGUGGCUGCUCCCGUGCGGGGCCCCAGCCUCCCCCAAGGCCGUGACGGCCCGUCUGGCGGCGAAGUGGCCGGCCACCUCCCUGCUGCUGGAGGCGAGUGAAUUUAUUGCAGAAGAUGAUAAUGAGAAGUUUUGGCAGUUUUUGGAAACUGUACGAGAAUUAACAAUUUAUAAGAAAAGAGAUUCAGAACAUUCUUAUUACAACUUAAUCUUGAAGAAAGCAGGACAAUUUUUAUCCAAUUUGCAGAUCAAUCUCUUGAAGUUUGCUCUUUCCAUAAGGGCAUACUCACCAACUGUUCAGAUGUUUCAACAGAUUGCAGCUGAUGAACCUCCACCAGAAGGUUGCAGUGCAUUUGUGGUUAUUCAUGAAAAGCGCACCUGUAAGACUAAUGAAAUUAAAAAACUUCUGAAGAAGGCAGCCGAGAGGCCCAGGCCAUAUCUGUUUAAAAAGGAGCAUAAAUUCCCUACACUCAAUGAAAAUGUUCCAGUGGUUAUUCUUUAUGCAGAAAUUGGUACAAAAGACUUUGUUAAAUUUCACACAGUUUUGUCUGAAAAAGUGCAAAAGGAGGAAAUUGUUUAUAUUCUCCGGCAUUAUGUUCAGAAACCAAGCUCCAGGAAAAUGUAUUUGUCUGGAUAUGGUGUGGAACUUGCAAUAAAGAGUACAGAAUACAAAGCAGUGGAUGACAUUCAGAUUAAAGCCACAAAUGACACAACGGAAGAGGAUGAUGGUGAGGCAGGCGAAGUCCAGGGAUUUCUCUUUGACAAAUUAAAACAGAUGUAUCCUGACCUUAAAGAUAAUCUGAGGGAAUUCAGAAAACACCUAAUUGAAAGUACUAAUAAUUUGGAACCUCUGAAGGUCUGGGAGCUACAAGAUCUAAGUUUUCAAGCAGCUUCUCAAAUUAUCUCCACCCCUGUUUAUAGUGCCUUAAAGGUAAUGAAAGACAUUGCUCAGAACUUCCCAAUAAAGGCCAGAUCUUUGACCAGAAUUCCUGUAAACCAACAAAUGCGAAAUGAAAUAGAGAAAAAUCAGAAGCAUUUCCAUGAAAUACUCGGAAUUCAGCCUGGAGAAGCACGUUUAUUUCUAAAUGGUCUUCCUAUUGACCUGGAUUUUCAUGAUCCAUUUAGUAUUUUGGAAACUCUUAAACUGGAAGGAAAAGUGCUUCAUGGGCUUCAUGACCUUGGAAUCAAAGAGAAGUCUUUCAGCAAAUUUCUGAGAUUACAGAUCCAUCCUGUGGAUGACAGUUGUUCAUUAGAUAUUCGUCACUCUUCGAUAAUAUGGGUCAAUAACAUAGAAAAAGAUCACAUCUACAACAAAUGGCCCACAAGUUUCCAGGAACUGCUUAAGCAAACAUUUCCAGGAGUUAUACGGCAGAUUAGGCGCAAUUUGUAUAAUUUGGUAUUGUUUAUUGAUCCUGUCCAGGAACAUGCAGCUGAUUUUGUGAAACUAGCAGAAUUAUUCUAUCACCACAAUAUACCACUUAGAAUUGGAUUUGUUUUCGUCUUAAAUACUAAUGAAGAAAUCGAUGGGAAUGAGGAUGCUGGAGUAGCUCUUUUGAGAGCUUUUAAUUACAUUGCAGAAGAAUCUGAUACUUCUCAAGCUUUUAUCUCCAUGAUAAAUAUGUACCAUGAAAUGAAAGAUGGAGAAGUUUUCACUGUGAAUCAUGUGAGGAAUGUUCUUAGAAGUGAGUUCCCUCAUGCUGACAUUCAGAGUAUACUGGGUGUUGACUCUGAAUAUGAUGAGAAAAGGAAGGCAGGAGCAACCUUCUAUAAAAAGACAGGCCUUGGUCCAUUGCCUCAAGCUCUGUUCAAUGGUGUGCCCUUUAAUGGUGAAGAGAUGGCUGCUGCAGAGUUAGAAACAGUUAUUUUUCAGAGGAUCACUGAUGCCAUGGGGUUCUUCCAGAGGGCAGUUUUCAUGGGUUUGCUAAACGAUUAUAUGGAUGCGGUAGAUUUCCUCAUGGAUCAGCAUAAUGUAGUUUCCCGUAUAAAUCCCAUUAUUCUUGGCACUAAGAGAAGAUACAUAAAUUUCAUAUCCAUGUCAGUUCCUGUUGGCGUGGAAGAUUUCUCUACUUUUUCCUUUUUGGACUCACAAGAUAAGAGUGCUGUAAUUUCACAGAACAUGAAGUAUUUAACAAAAAAGGAUGAAGAUGUAAUAUAUGCAGUUACCAUCUGGAUUAUUGCUGAUUUUGACAAGCCAGCUGGGAGACAUCUGCUUUCUAAAGCUUUGAAACACCUGAAAACAAGCAGUCAUAUGCGGCUUGGGAUUGUGAACAAUCCAAUGUCAAAAAUAAUGGAAGAUAACACAGCUGUUGCAAGGGCAAUUUUGACUGCCUUUUUAACACAGAAAAACAGCAGCUUAAAAAGUUUCCUAAGUAAGAUAGCUAAGGAGGAAACAGCAAAAGCCCUUGCUACAGGAACUAAAAUUAAGAAAUUGUUUGUUCCGGGAAUGGAUGACAGUACUUUUGAGAAGAAAUACAACACUUUAGGAGUGGAUAUAAUUCAAACUCACCAAACGUUCUGUCAAGAAGUUCUUAAACUGCUUCCUGGGCAAAUGGCUGUUAUCAGCAAUGGGAGGGUCCUGGGUCCUUUGGAUGAAAAUGAGUUCUAUACUGAAGAUUUUCAUUUGUUGGAAACGAUAACAUUCAGUACAUCAGCAGAGAAGAUUAAAGGCGUUGUCAAAGAGAUGGGGAUCAGCUCUAAAGAGGGCAGUGAUUUGAUUAUGAAAGUGGAUGCCCUUCUCUCUUCAUUGCCUAAAACAGUCAUUAGACAAAACGUUGAAUUUCUCAAAGAGCAACACAGCAUAGUAAAAAUAGAUCCUCAACAGAAUGAACCAUUCUAUGAUGUUAUUGCUAUUGUUGAUCCUUUAACAAGAGAAGCACAGAAGAUGGCACAUUUAUUGAUUGUACUUGGAGAUAUUGUCAACAUGAAACUGAGGCUGUUUAUGAACUCUAGAUCUAAGUUGUCAGAAGUACCUUUGAAGAGCUUUUAUCGUUUUGUUCUGGAGCCAGCACUCGCCUCUGGAGCCAAUAAUCUCUUUCCUUCUGGACCUGUGGCAAAGUUCCUAGAAAUGCCAGAAACACUACUUUUGACUCUAAACAUGAUCACUCCUGAAAGCUGGUUGGUUGAAGCAGUAAACAGUUCUUAUGAUCUCGAUAACAUUCAUUUACAGGAUGUAGAAGGAAUUGUUACAGCAGAAUAUGAACUGGAAUAUCUACUACUUGAAGGACAUUGCUUUGAUGUGACCACUGGACAACCUCCUCGGGGAUUACAGUUCACUCUAGGCAUGAAGAAUAAUCCUGUUAUGUUUGACACCACUGUGAUGGCCAAUCUGGGAUAUUUUCAGUUGAAAGCAAAUCCAGGUGCAUGGACACUGAGAUUACGCAAAGGAAGAUCGGAAGACAUCUACCACAUAUUUGGCCAUGAAGGAGCAGAUUCUCCAGUCCACCUGGAAGAUGUUAUUGUGGUAUUAAACAACUUCAGGAGCAAAAUUCUCAAAGUCAAAGUACAAAAAAACCCUGAUAAAAUUGAUGAAGAUCUCCUUAGUGUUGCGGUUACAGAAGAAAAAGGAGCAUGGGAAUCCAUUACAAGUUUUUCAGAUCUUCAAACAGAAGAAAAGGAGAAGAAAAAUGAUGUUCUAAAUAUUUUUUCAGUUGCUUCAGGCCAUUUAUAUGAACGCUUUUUAAGAAUUAUGAUGCUUUCUGUUCUGCGUCAUACCAAGACACCUGUUAAAUUUUGGUUUCUGAAAAAUUAUCUUUCUCCUACAUUUAAGGAGAUUAUUCCUCACAUGGCCAAAGAAUAUGGAUUCCAGUAUGAACUAGUACAGUAUAAGUGGCCCCGCUGGCUUCAUCAACAGACUGAAAAGCAAAGAAUUAUCUGGGGUUACAAAAUUCUUUUUCUGGAUGUUCUUUUUCCACUGGCUGUGUACAAAAUAAUAUUUGUUGAUGCCGACCAGAUUGUGAGAAGUGACCUCAAAGAACUUAGAGAUAUAGAUCUAAAUGGAGCUCCCUAUGGAUAUGUCCCCUUUUGUGACAGUCGCAGAGAAAUGGAUGGGUACCGUUUCUGGAAAUCAGGGUAUUGGGCAUCACAUCUUGGAAGAAGGAAAUACCACAUAAGUGCCUUAUAUGUUGUGGAUCUUAAGAAGUUCAGAAAGAUUGCUGCAGGAGACAAACUUCGGGGCCAAUACCAGGCUCUCAGUCAAGAUCCAAACAGUCUAUCAAACUUAGAUCAGGAUCUUCCCAAUAAUAUGAUUCAUCAGUUGGCCAUUAAGUCUCUCCCUCAAGAAUGGCUCUGGUGUGAAACCUGGUGUAACGAUGAAUCAAAGAAAAAGGCUAAAACAAUUGAUUUGUGCAAUAACCCCAAAACCAAAGAACCCAAACUAAAGGCUGCAUUGAGAAUAGUCCCAGAAUGGGUUCAGUAUGACUCUGAAAUACGAAAGCUAAUAAAGCAAAUAGAAAAAGGGAAGAAAAACUUGACUCAGUCUUCUCGAAAAGAUAAGCAGCCACUGUCUGAAACGGAGCUCUGAAAAGGCACUUCUGCAUUCCUCAGCCAAUUUCAGAACAAAGAGAAGAGAGGCCACUUGACUUAAGGGAAUUAUGGGACGUUUCAGGAGUUUUUAAACAUGAUGAACUUUAGCAUCAUUUGGAAAAAGUAGUUAUGGUGGCACAACUGAAUCUUCUACAUGAGAUGGAAUGGAAGAUGUACAUACUGCAGAGGCAUUGAACAUUUCAUCAAUAUGUGAAGUCAAACAUUUUAUAACUAAUAUGUUGCUUAAAGCAUUCAAACAGAAUGGGAAGAAUAGAUAAUGUAAGAUCAGUAUACGAAGAUUUCAUAAUUUUGUUUUUACCAAGGUAGGUGGGCAUUUCUAUUUUGUUGAUUCUCCCCCUCUCCCCCAAAGACAGCUGAUAUAUAGGACCUGGUCCUGCAUCCCUCCCAUACCCAAAACUCCCAGUUUAUAAGGAAUGCUGGAUUGGACCCUUUAAAUUUAAGUUAUAAGGGGAUUUUUUUUAGAUUGGCUGGUUGUAGUCAAUGAAUGUUACACACUGUCAGAUAUUUAAAGGGAUACUUGAAAAUAGUCUGCAUUGUUUUGAUUAUAAUAGGAUAAUUAUCCUACACAUAAUCAAAGUUGAGCAUAUUCAAACUCUGUAGUAUAAUGUACAUGCAUCAGUUUUUUUCUUGUAUAAGAUGUACUGUGUUUCACAAGAAAAAUUCACAGCAUUGCAAGGGGCAGUUGUUAAACAGUUUAUUACUGAAAUAUAGAGCUUUGGACCAGUCCAAAAUAUUUAAAAUCAAUUUCAAAGUUUAUAAAACCUAGGAUGUAAUUUUUAAUUUAUUGUGCAAGCUUGAUGCACUGUUAUCUGUUUUAAAAAAGUCAACUUACAGCCAGUCACACUUCAUUAUUUAUUUUGUUACAUAUUAAUCCAAAACUAACUUUGUAACAAAAGAUAUUUUAAAAUUUCAGUACAGUCUAUUCUAUGUUCACUUCCUUUAUCAUAUUUGAAAUACAGUACUGUAAUUGUGUUCCAUAAUUAUUCUGUCUGAAAACAAGAUAAGAAUGCAUCCAACAGAGAAUUAGUCUGUUCCAAUCUCUGAAAUCUAUCCUAUCAGCAUUUUUUAAAAAAUUAAACAGCAAUAAAAGAACUGUCUUACAUAAGGCCAGAUUCUACUGUUGACUAUAUGUGCACAGCUCCCAUUGACUUAAUAUGUGUAAGAGAACAAAUGAUACUGUGUAUUUAAAAAGGAAACAUCUUCCUAGUCAAGAACUUGCUUUUUUUUCUUGAGAUUUUACUGAUGUCCUUUUGCGUUCAUGUGCACUAAUGUUUCUCAAUGAUUUCUUUCUUGGAAUUUCAAGUUUCAGAUCUCUACUAUGAAGCUUUUGUUAAAUGAAGAGCUAAAGUCCUACAUCUUUAAAGCAAUUUUUUGUCUCUGUUAGUCUUAUUCCUUAGCUGGCUGGGAAAUUUCUCUUACAAAGCCAUAAAAGGUUUAUAAUUUGCAUAUAGAUAUUUUUUUUUGUUCAUUUUAUGUUAAAUCCUCUACUCAACAUCCCAUUUAAUUGGCUUAAGAUUAAAUGUUAAGAAAACAAAUCAGUUUUCUUUGAGAGAGUGUUUAAACGAUAUCUAUUUUCUAAAAUAAAUAUAUUUUGUUGGAACUGUUUAAAAGAUUUAGUGGGACAGAUGCCUUGUAUUUUAUGCAGUGUUGCGUAUGUUUAUAGGUGAUAUUUUACAACUUUUCUUUUUCUAUUUCUAUUUAUGGAAGCAUAUUUUCAGAAAAAGGCCCACUAAUACAAAACCUUCAGUUUGAGAUGCUGUUUUGUUUGUAAAAUAAAGGGCUCCAAUAAAUACAGUCACUACUUCUCAAAGACUUCAAUAAAGCAGUACUGCAGUCAUCAUAGAAUAUCAUUUUAUAUUUUAUGAUACAAGAAACAGGCUGUAAAUGUAGUACAAAAUAUUAAAGAUGCCACUGAAUUGGCCUAAUAAAACAAAAUAACUGUACCUUCAUUAUGAUCCUCCAGCAUUUCUCUUUUCCAUAUUAUUUUGUGUUAAAAAAUAAAUUUAGCAUGCCAAUUACUUGAACCAAAGGAAAAAUUGCCGUGAUUCUUCAGGUCGU